GGCAACGGCAACCAAGCAACGCUGGAAAAUUCUUGUUUUCAAACAGAAAACAAGCAGUCAAAACAUAAAGCAUAAAAAAAUAGCCGACACAACCCAUCCAUCAUAUGUUACAUUCAGAAAUAAAUAUAUUUUAUUAAUAUAAUCCAAGAAUGGCCCAUGACCAGGAAGCCUGCCGGCAUCUCCUGCCGCGUGCCAUCUUCGGCAUCAACGGAAAGGUGGAGAAUGGAGUGCGUCAGCAUCCGGCCACCGGAUCCAUUAUCUUUCCCCUAGGUAACAAGAUCGGGAUCGCCGACUACGUCAAGAACACCCAGGAGUUUAUCGCGGGACACACCAACACCAUAUCCUGUCUGGAUCUGAGCAAAAGUGGCAAAUACAUGGCCUCGGGUCAGAUAAACCACAUGGGUUUCAGGGGCUAUGUCAUCGUCUGGGACUAUGAGCAACGCAAGGAGAUCGCCCGUCACGAUCUGCACAAAGUCUCCGUGCAGGCCAUCUGCUUCACGUCCGGGGACCGUUGUGUGGUGUCCAUUGGUGGGGUGGACGAUGGUUCUGUCAUCGUCUUUGACAUGGAGUCAUUCUCUCCGAUUUGCCAGACUCCGGCCUCUAGGGCCAUAUCCGGCAAUGCCCUGACUGUUCGGCCUUUGCACAAUAAUCCGUAUUUUUUUAUAACCGCCGGAGAUCGGCAUCUGCGCCUGUGGAGCAUCCUGCGCGAGCAGAAGAAGCUAUAUGUCCAGGAUGUCCAGAUGGCCAGCAAGUCUCGGGUCUUUUACUGUGCCCGCAUCAAUAAGUCGGAUGAGUUCGCCUUUCUGGGCACUGGAACCGGCGAUAUCGUGAAGAUUGCCCUCAACUGUUGCGAUCGUGAUUUUGUGAGUAAGCCAGGGUCAGCCAGCGGCAUCCUGGGAGCCUUUGGAACCCACAAUCCCCGAAAGCCAACGGGUAGGGAUUGCAAUCGUUAUGUUAACGGCGUUCGCGCGUUGUAUGUCCUGGAAGGAGGACGCCUCUUAAUUGGAGCCGGCAACGGCGAUAUCGAAUUGGUGGAGGAGCGCACCGAUGUGCCCUUGAUCAAUUUCCGUGAGUAUCCGGGGCCCACCUGGCCGUAUCUGCGCACCCUGAAGAAGACCCAUGUGUCGGGUAGGAUUUCGUCGUUUGUUCGCUCCAAGACGGAUCUCUUUUACAUUUGCACCGACACCAAUGAGAUCUAUGGCCUCAAUAUCAAGACUUGGGUACUGAAGCUACUCCGAACAUGUCACACCAAGUCGGUGUAUUGCAUCACCUUUCCCAAAAACUACUCUGCUGUUUUUGCCACCUCGGGCAAGGAGUCCAUUCGUAUCUGGUCUUCUGGACGCAAGCAGGAACUGCUCCGCAUCAUGGUCUACAACUUCAACUGUGCCGCCGUUCGUUUCACCCACGACGGCACCAGCAUUGUCUCCGUCUGGAACGAUGGAAUCAUUCGAGCCUUCACCCCGAUCACCGGAAGACUCAUCUAUGCCAUUCCAAAUGCUCACAAUAAGGGAUGCAGCGCCCUGGCCGUGGCCUCCACGGGUCGCCUAAUCGUCACGGGAGGCAUUGAGGGUCAAGUUAGGGUCUGGAAGAUUGAUCCUUAUCGUCAGGAUCUACUGGGCGUGCUUAAGGAUCACUCGGGACCCAUAACAUCGCUGGAUAUUAAUUACCUGGACACGGAGGUGAUCUCCGCUUGCACUGAUGGCUCCUGUGUCAUCUGGGACAUAAAACGCAUGACCCGCAAGCAGGUGGUGACUUCAAACACCCAGUUCAUGUCCGCUUCAUAUUUCCCCACCGGUGUCCAGGUCAUCACCUGUGGCUCUGAUGGCCGGAUCAUCUACUGGAAUGUAUACAAUGGCGCUUUGAUCCGGGAGCUGACUGCCUCCAAGAAGUCCUCCGUUAAUUGCGUGGCCAUCAACGAGACCGGGGACUACUUCAUCAGCGUGGGCAGCGAUCUACAGGUGAAGCUUUGGGAUUACAACAGUGGCGCCGUGGUGGGACUGGGUUCCGAGCACGCCUCUUCGGUGAUUAGCUGCGCCUACAGUCCCUGCAUGACCAUGUUCGUUACCGGGAGCACGGACGGUUCGCUGAUCAUCUGGGAUGUGCCGCGUGACUUCUGGGGCAGACCCAAUCCACCGGACGCGCCCAAGUACACGCAGCCAAGGUCCUCCUCCUCCAAGACCAAGAUGAGCGAGGUUCCUGCCCGCGUGAAUUCCGGCACAAACCUUAAGCCGGCGAAGGGCGAGAAUAUCGACGGACUGCUGAAGGCCACUGCCAAGGACGAUCUCUGCUGCGUGGAGUGCCCGCCGUGCGCCAAGAAGGAGGCCAAGCCUGAUCCAUUUGCCGAGUGCGGAAUCGUGCCGGAUGUGAGGAAGUGCUGAGUCCUAAUAGUUUAAGUUGUAUAUUUAUGAAUAAAAUUUGUUCAGCAACAAA